AUGGGUGCACACAAACCAAUGCAAUAUGCAGAAGAACCGACGAUCAAGUGUGUACAGGAGUCACUUUAUCAGCAAGCAACAAAUGCUGCUGGGACUUCUACUAUUUCCAGUGCCAUGAAUGCGAAUCAAGUCAGCGGAUUGCUCACUUGUCAGGCUGAUGGUACCUACUCCAGUGGCUCAGUCACAGGAAUCACCAAACUCAUCUGCACUUUUGAUACAUGUGUACCUGUUUGCGCUACAUGUGACAUAGAAGCUACUAAACCAUUGAUGGACCCACCCGGUACAGUUUUUGGUUAUAGUGAUAGCACCCCUGAUGGCCAAACAUGCAAGUCAUACGUUGUUGCUUGUUUUUACUUCGGUAACUUGUGUGCUACAAUAAAUUUUUAUGCUGAAAUUGGGACAGGAGGAGAACAGGUUAUCGAUACAAUGACCAAUUCAAAUGGCGCAAAAGCGGAAGUUGACUGCGGAAAUGAUGCAAAAUUAACAUUCAUGGGAAUGUAG